AUGGAGUGUCAAAAAUGUAAGAAGAUUUUAGCGAAAAAAGGAUCACACUUCAUUUGCCAAGGACCGUGUCAAGGAACUUUUCAUAGAGGUUGUGUUAAGGGUCUUUUGGCGGAUAUAAAAAAUGGGAGGAAUCGGAACUAUUGUAAUAACUGUGAAGACGAUGGAUCUGAAGAAGAAGAACAGCAAGAAUAUUCACAGGACUACACUAAAAUUCUCAAGGACAUACAGCUAAAAGUAUCUGCCAUUCCCGGAUUCAAAAAACAACUUGAUACAAUUACGCAAAGUUUGAGUAUGCUUUCCGAUAAGUAUGAUACAUUGAUAGUUGAACAUGAACAAUCAAAAGAUAAAAUACAUAAGCUUGAGAAAACUGUCGCUGAUGUCAACAACAAAUACGUCUAUUUGCAAAAACAAAACACCGCCCUCGAACAAAAAUUACACGAAUUUGAGCAGGUAUCUCGUAAACACAAUAUCGAGAUUGUAGGCGUUGAACAGCUUCCCGGUGAAAAUGUCACAGAGAUUGUCUCAAAAAUAGGCGAUAUUAUCAAUGUGAGCAGUUCGGAUAUAGAAUGGGCUAGACGUACUCGAUCACUAAAAGAAAGCAAAAAAACCACCGCCAAUUAUCGUGGGCUUAAGACUACAGGAGAUAAAAAAUUUGUCGUUGCUAUUUUUUAUGAUUUCAAAAAAGCAUUUGAUACCUUAGAAACAGAAACACUCUUAAAUGGAAUGGACGAAUGUGGCGUGGGACAACCGUUAAACCAGUGGUUCCGUGACUAUCUUGCAUCACGCAUUUUCCGUGUAAAGGUUGGAGACACGUUUAGUGAGGCGACUGAGCAUAGCUCUGCAUACAUGUUCGCAGAUGACCUAUGUACAUUACGUGCUAGUACUAAUCUCAUGGAGACAUGUCACCUAUUACAGCAAGACAUAGACUCAGUAGUUAAAUGGUCCCAUGAUAAUGGUAUCGUCUUAAACUCAGAUAAAACCAAGUAUCUUAUCAUUCAGUCGCCUUAUCUACGUCCUACUGACUCGUCUCCUCAAAUGUAUACUCAAACUUUGAGUGCCUCCAUAAUGGUCUAA